AUGCCACUUCUCUUGGCUGCUGGGUUCCCACGAAAGUGUCCCCCAUCAUUUCCUUGCGGAUAUCUUGGCGACGUCAGUUUCCCUUUUACUAAAGCAGAACGCCAGGACUGUGGCUUCUUGCCCAUACGAAAUUGUGAUGAUCCACUUAACCACAAAAUGAUCCAACCACAGAAAAAUGGUACAUGGUUUCAGGUUAUACGUGUAACUCAGCUUCUGAGUAAUCCUACUACUCCUUUCACAACUUUUCAAUUUAGAGACGAAGAUCUCUAUGCCCUUCUGCAGAACCAAAGUUGUGAAGCUUUCAGAAGCAAUUAUACUCUUCCUCAUACCUCUCCCUUUGCUUCUUUUAGUUUCGCAUUCACCACAACUCUGUUCAGGUGCAACCGCAGCCUCCCAUUCAACCCUCCCACCAACAUGUGUAACUAUACAAAGUGCCAUGACUACAACCUCUACUUCGGCUACAAUCACUCGAGUUCUUUGACAGCAUGCACAGAGGUCAAGCUUCCAAAUAAGGACGUGCCUGACGGUAUCAACCCAUUUGCAUUCCUCACUGCCGAUGUACUGAUUAAAGUAGAAUUAACUCAUGAAUGUUUAGAUUGCAUCAAUCGCCAACGAGGGCUCUGUCAACUUGACAGCACAGAGAAAUUUUGUUGUGCCAACAAGGGUGGACAAUUGGAGUCAAGAGAUUCUUAUUCUGAUUCCUCCUCGAAUCCUCAUAGAACAAGUAGUGGCGAAUACUUUGAAGUUCCACUCUUCUCCUACGCGCAGCUUAAAGAAGUCACGAACAAUUUCGACCAUACUCAGGAACUUGGAGAUGGAGGCUUCGGUACUGUCUACUAUGGGAAACUCCCAGAUGGAAGGGAAGUUGCGGUGAAGCGCUUAUACGAGCACAACUGGAGGCGAGUAGAACAGUUCAAGAACGAAGUUAAAAUCCUCACACGUUUGCGUCACAAAAAUCUAGUGUCACUCUAUGGCUGCACUUCACGUCACAGCCGUGAACUCCUACUUGUGUACGAAUACAUUUCAAACGGGACUGUAGCAUGUCAUCUCCACGGUGAUUUAGCCAAGCCUGGCUUGUUACCAUGGCCUACACGUAUCAAAAUUGCCAUAGAAACUGCUAGUGCAUUGGCUUAUCUUCAUGCCUCACGCAUCAUCCACCGGGACGUGAAAACAAACAACAUUCUCCUGGACAGCAACUUUUCUGUUAAGGUAGCAGAUUUUGGGCUUUCAAGAGACUUCCGGAACGAUGUCACACAUGUCUCCACAGCUCCACAAGGGUCCCCGGGCUACCUUGACCCUGAAUAUUACAGCUGCUACCAGCUUACUAGUAAGAGUGAUGUGUAUAGUUUUGGGGUUGUGCUUAUUGAGCUGAUAUCAUCCAAGCCUGCAGUUGAUAUGAACAGAAGCAGGGAUGAGAUUAACUUGUCAAAUCUAGCAGUGAGGAAGAUUCAAGAAAGUGCAAUUGGUGAUCUUGUUGAUCCUUGUCUUGGUUUUGAUUCGGACAGUGGGGUUAAGGGGAUGAUAGUCUCAGUGGCAGGGUUGGCUUUACAGUGUUUGCAGAGGGAAAAGGACUUGAGACCUUCUAUGGAUGAGGUGUUGCAUGAACUGCAGAGGAUUAAGAGUGGGAAGGAUGAGGUAGAUGUUGAUAAUGUUAGAGUUUCAGAUAGUUGUGCACAUUCACCACCACCAGCCUCACCAGAGUGGGAUGAAGUUGGAUUGUUGAAGAAUACAAAGCCUGCUUCACCAAACAGUGUGACUGAUAAAUGGGAAAGCAUCACUCAGCAGGAUGCGAUUUCAAUUUCGGAUGAAGAUUUUCACAAGCGUUUCCAGAACAACAGUUGUGACACUUUGACCAAUAACUACAGUCUUCCAUCCCAUUCUCAGUUAUAUUCUAUUAAUAUAAAAUAUAAUGUAACACUGUUCCGAUGCAAACACGGCUUCAAUAAGAAACCUCCACCACAUUAUUUUAGUUACCCCUGCCCUCAGUAUCAUUAUGAUAUCUAUUAUGACAGCCUUCCCCUUCCUAACUAUGAGGAGACUCGUACCCUUUUCUCCUCCUGCUCAGUUCUUCAGUUAGCAAAAAAAGACAAGACUGAUACCAAAGACAUUCUAUCGUUUGUAUCAGCUGCGAUGGUUAUUGAAGUAGUAUUAUCUAAUGAUUGUUAUGAGUGCUACAAUCGCAGAGGAGGCCAAUGUCGCCUUGACAACGAUCAAAAGUUCUACUGUCAGCAAGGGCCAAGGAACAGGAGUAAAAUUUUGAAGCUGAUACUUGGACUUGUAGCAGACCCCCAAUACCAAUCAAGAAACACACAGAGAGGUGAAAUUGGUCCCAUCUCAAAUCCAGAGCCCGAAAAUGGCAGGUUCUACUAUGAAGUCCCUCUCUUCUCUUACAAGGAGCUUAAAGAAGCUACAUACAAUUUCCACCACGCCAGACAACUUGGAAGUGGAGGCUUUGGAACCGUUUAUUACGGAAAACUGAGAGAUGGACGAGAAGUUGCUAUCAAGCGUCUCUAUGAGCACAACUACAGGCGAGUAGAACAGUUCAUGAACGAAGUUCACAUCCUCACUGGCUUGCGCCACAUAAAUCUUGUGUCCCUCUACGGUUGCACUUCAGGUCGCAGUCGUGAACUACUGCUUGUGUACGAACACGUUCCAAAUGGCACUGUUGCAUGCCACCUCCACGGUGCUUUUGCAAGGCCACGCACUCUUCCAUGGCAAAUAAGAAUGAAAAUUGCCAUAGAGACCGCGAGUGCAUUGUCUUAUCUCCAUGCUUCUGCCAUCAUCCACCGUGAUGUUAAAACCAAAAACAUUCUCCUUACUCAAAGUUUUAGUGUUAAGGUUGGUGACUUUGGUCUUUCAAGGCUGUUCCCAAACGAUGUCACGCAUGUCUCCACUGCCCCUCUGGGGACUCCAGGUUACGUUGACCCGGAAUAUCAGCAGUGCUACCAGCUUACAAACAAGAGUGAUGUGUAUAGUUUCGGGGUUGUGCUAAUUGAGCUGAUAUCUUCUAAGCCAGCUGUUGAUAUGAGCAGGAAUAGGGAUGAGAUAAACUUGUCUAACUUAGCAAUAAAGAAGAUUCAGCAGAGUGCAUUUAGUGAGCUGGUUGAUUCUUCUCUUGGUUUUGAUUCAGACAGUGAGGUAAAGAGGAUGAUGGUUUCAGUGGCAGAAUUGGCCUUUCAGUGUUUGCAACGGGAUAAAGAUUUGAGACCCUCUAUGGAUGAGGUUUUGAAGAUGCUUACGAGAAUUGAAAGUGGGAAGGAUACGCCUGAGCAUCUGGAUGAAGAAGAUUUAUCUCUACCCUCUCUACCUUCACCACCACCACUAGAUUGGGAUGAGAAUGGAUUGUGGAAAAAAAUGAUGGUGCAACCUUCACCUAAAGCCGUCACUGAUAAAUGGCACAAAUUGGUUGUUUAUUGGAUAGAGGGGAUCUCAAUUAAUCGUCCCUCCAAAUUAAAAUCUUACUGUAUGAAAAUGAAAAUAUACAGUCAUUUUCGAAGUCAAGUGACGUAUGAAGCCCUUCAAAACGACAAUAUGUUUUUUUGUGUUCAGUCUGAAAAACAAGUUGCAGCACACUUUGACUGUGGGCUUCUGCUUCUUGUUUCAGCUGAGAAUGGAGAGUGUCCGCGAUCUUUCCAAUGUGGAUUUCUUGGCCAGAUUCGGUUUCCUUUCACAACCACUCAGCAACAACACUGCGGCUUAUUGCCUAUACAUGGCUGCGAAAAUCAUGACCCAAUGGCUCCCAAAACCCUCCAACUAAACACCUCAACAACAACAUCAACAUCGUACCCUGUUCUGAAGGUAGAAGUACCUCAUACCAUAUUUAUCACGGAUGUUGAACAUGAAAAACAUUUACUAAAUAGAAGUUGCAAAGCAUUCGGCAAGAAUUUUAGUCUUCCUCACCCCUCUCCUUCAGCUUCUUUCCUGCUCAAAUAUAGUAUCACUAUCUUCAGAUGCCCUCACUCCCUCAAACCCACCCUUCCCAAAUAUUUUCAUAAAUAUUCAAACUGUUCUUCUGAGUACGAUAUCUACUAUGGCCGCCCAGAUGCAGAAACUCCUCUGGAUUUAAAGGUGGAGAAAUCUUUAGCACCAUGUUCAACCAUUCAGCUUGCAGUAGAAGGAGUCUCUGGUGACGACCCGUUUCAAUUUCUAACUAGUAGUAUCGCUAUUGAAGUAGAGUUAUCAGAUGAAUGUGAAAGGUGUCCUGGAGAUGGAAAGGGCCAGUGUUUACCUGACGGUAAAGGAAAUUUCUCUUGCCCCACAGAAAGUGCGAAUAUCUACUUUGGGGUUCCUGUCUUCACCUAUAGGGAUCUUGAAAUAGCAACAAAAAGUUUCGAUCGCUCAAGAGAACUAGGAGAAGGAGGCUUUGGUAUUGUCUACUUUGGAAAACUCCAGGAUGGACGUGAAGUCGCUGUGAAGCGCCUAUACGAGCACAACUACAGGAGAGUAGAACAGUUCUUGAAUGAAAUCAAGAUUCUUACACGCUUGCGCCACAAAAACUUAGUGUCUCUCUAUGGCUGCACUUCACGAGACAGCCGUGAACUACUGCUUGUUUAUGAAUACAUUUCAAAUGGAACUGUGGCCAGUCACCUCCAUCAUCAUGAAUCAACAAAUCAUGGCUCUAUGACAUGGCCUACCCGAAUGAAAGUGGCCAUUGAGACUGCUACUGCGUUGGCCCAUCUCCAUGCUCGUGACAUCAUUCACCGUGAUGUCAAAACCAGCAACCUUCUGCUUGACAGCACUUUCUGUGUUAAGGUAGCAGAUUUUGGAUUGUCAAGACUGUUCCCAAUUGACGUCACCCAUGUUUCCACUGCUCCACAAGGCACCCCUGGCUAUGUUGAUCCUGAAUAUCACCGAUGUUACCAACUUACCAACAAGAGUGAUGUGUAUAGUUUUGGGGUUGUGCUCAUCGAGCUAAUAUCAUCCAUGCCAGCAAUUGAUCUGAACCGGCAUAAGGAUGAAAUAAACUUGGCAGAUCUAGCCAUGAGGAAGAUUCAUAAAAAUGCAAUUGCUGAACUGGUGGAUCCUUCCCUUGGUUUUGAGUCAAAUGAUGAUGUUAAAAGGCAAAUAACUGCAGUAGCAGAAUUGGCUUUCCAGUGCUUGCAACGGGACAAAGAAUUGAGACCCUCCAUGGAGGAAGUGUUGGAGGUGCUGAAGAGAAUUGAAAGCGGGAAGGAGGAGACAAGGCAUGUAGAAGAAGUGAACCUUGAGGAUGAAGAGCCACCAUCACCAUCUUCAGCAGAUCAUGAUGAAGUGAAAUUGUUGAUGAAUAUCAAGUUGCCACCUUCUUCGCCAAAGGCUGUGACGGAUAAAUGGAGCAGUCAAUCUACUAGUCCUAAUGUCAGUGGUCAAUAA